AGAUAAGCCAAUAGCAUGCAUCAACAACUUGGACUCUUAUUGGGCCAAUUAAAAAUUCAAUAUGAAUGGUGGUAUACUUGGGCCGGGUACACAACCCAACUGUUUAGUGCCCUUUAUCUAGAUUGUGCCAUUGUUCGUGAGUGGUUGGUUAGAUUAGUGACAUAUCAUCACUUUGCUUAUAUAAAAAGAAUCCAAAAAGAAAAACUUAUAACUGAUCUUCAUUUCAUAUAUCCUGUUAGUACCAAAUCGCGUCUUCUGCUCUGCAGUCAAUUUGGUAUUCCAAAUCGCCUCUUCCGGUUCUGCAAUCGAUUUCUGAUUCCCCAAAUCCGCUUCUGCAACCAGAUGGAAGCGGGAAUAUUUCUUCGUUCAAUGCCGUUAAUUCCCUCUGGUCACCAUCUUCCUUCUUUCCGGCAAUACUCUAGGAUUUCGGCCAACUUACAGGGAGGUUACAAAGGACCCAGGCCAAAGACGGAAGUGAUCGCUGAUUGGGUAUCGAACAAUGAUGAUGCUGUUAGGAGCUUGCCGAUUUACGUAGGAGGGAUCUCUCUAUUGGGCGUUCUGUUUAACCGAACAGCUUCUGGCAUAGCCCCGGUUGCCGAUGCCUCCAGUUCUCAGUCAAGAGCUGAUCUACUUACAAUCGGGUUAGCCGUAACCAACAUUCUAGCUGGCCUGGUGUGGCUAUCGAUUCGACCGAAAACCAUAUCAGUGGUGCCACCUCGAGGUGUGGAGUGUGAAAGAAUACAUUCCGACAUUCCAGAUGUUGUAGCUUCUGAAUUAACAUGGGCAUGGGAAUCAUUGGAAACCGUGACAUGCUGCAGGUCGCUUGUUAUUGUAUAUGAUGGUGUUUGUGUUCUCCAAAUUGGAUAUGCUUCUGUAUCUUCCUCUAAUGACGGUGAAACCCCGACGGUUGUAGAUUCCGUUAAGUUGAUGCAAGGAUCGAUCUAUCAAGGUGUUAUUAAGUCAGGAUCACAGAGCUACUUGGCAAAUUUAUCUCUUUAUCCGGGAAAAUCUGAGCUCCCAUUUCUCCCUUCAAAUACGCAGGCGGUGAUAUUGCAGCCGAUUGGAGAUAAAGGAAUUGCAAUACUUGGGGGUGAUACCAUCCGUGGCUUCACAACAUCUGAUCAGGCAUGGAUCACAUUAAUAGGAGAGAAGCUGGAUGCAACACUUUCUAAGCAUAUAACCAGCAGCAUCCCUUUGCCAAGUGGCACAACAACAUAGUGUUGUUCUUAGUUCAGCCGGGAAAAUCACGAGAAUAGCCAGGUUGACGCCGUCAUUUCCAAAUUGGCCAAUUGACACCUCUCGACGAGCCGUUUCCGUCAACUGAAACGGCACAAAGAUACCCUCCAACGCCAACCGUUUAGAAGACGACAUGUGUCCGACACACCCUGAAACGGCUCUGAGCCGUUUCAGAAGACCAAUCUUGAUGAAAGAUCUCAGCCGAGCCGUUUCCCGUGGCUCCUGAACCCAAGCCGGCUGAGGACCCUAGCCGAGUACCUUCAACGAGCGAAGCCGUUUCCAAGGGUUGGAGCCGGCUUGUCAUUUGCGUCGUUUCCGUACACACCACUGUAGCCAAGCCGUUUCAGCCUACUGUUCAAGCCGUCUGAACUAACUGAAGCCGUUUCAGAUGUCUCAAGCCGUUUCAGCUGUUUCGAGCCGUCUCAGCCAAUCGUUCGAGCCGUUUCCGUACACACGUGGACCCACCACUGCAGCCAAGCCGUUUCAGCCUACUGUUCAAGCCGUCUUAGCCUACUGUUCGAGCCGUUUCAGCUGUUUCCAAGCCGUUUCAACAAUUGUCGAGUGUAUAUAUGUUUAAAUGUGUUAUUGGGAUUUAUACAACAUCAGAUUUUGUAGUAGAAACUUAAAAUUAUGAAGAUUCGUUUAGUUGUAUACAGCGGGGGAAAGUGGCAAAUCGUUAACAGAAACUUGGAGUAUGUUGCUGAUGCAAGUAGACGUGGUUUAGAAAUUGAACCCAACCUUUCAUACAUUGGUCUUUUAAGUAAAGUUUCUAAGUUGUGUGGUACUAAAAACAUUACAAAAUUAUCGUACCGGUUGUCUUCGUUUAGUGAUCCAGUCGAUAUAAUUAAUGACGAAGAUCUUGCAAUUUUUUUUAAAUUUGCUACGGAAAAUCUUUUUGAAAUAUAUAAAUUAUACGUCGUUGAAGAGUUUUGUGCUGGAUGAUCUAGUUUUUCAACUCCAAAUAAAUCUAAAGUUCCUGAUUUAAAUGUUUGUGUUAACAAAGCAAAUGAUGAUGUUUUAAACGACCACCAACCAAAUCCCGAUAAUUCAUUUGAGCUAGGGUACGUAUUUAAUAACAAAGAAGAAAUGAAACUUGAGUUGGGAAAAAAAUGUUUGCUAGAACGAUUUGAGUUUAAAGUAGAUAGAUCAUCUAAAACGCGGUACGAAGUGUCGUGUUUGGUGGACGGUUGCGACUGGCGUUUUCGUGCAUACAGUGUUGGCGGUAGUGGGUAGUUUUUUGAAACGGCUUGGAAACGGCUCGAAAAGUAGGCUAAGACGGCUUGAACAGUAGGCUGAAACGGCUUGGCUGCAGUGGUGUGUACGGAAACGGCGCAGAUGACAAGCCGGCUCCAACCCUUGGAAACGGCUUGGCUGCAGUGGUGUGUACGGAAACGGCGCAGAUGACAAGCCGGCUCCAACCCUUCGAAACGGCUUGGCUCGUUGAAGGUACUCGGCUGGGUCCUCAGCCGGCUUGGGUUCAGGAGCCAUGGGAAAUGGCUCGGCUGAGAUCUUUCAGCAAGAUUGGUCUUCUGAAACGGCUCGGAGGUUUCAGGGUGUGUCGGACACGUGUCGUCUUCUAAAUAGCUGGCGUUGGAGGGUAUCUUUGUGCCGUUUCAGUGGACUGAAACAGCUCGUCGAGAGGUGUCAAUUGGCCAAUUUGGAAAUGACGGCGUCAACCUGGCUAUUCUCGUGAUUUUCCCUAAAAAGUAAGUGAUUUAAUUUACAUGUACCUGUUUCCUGAGUGUGUGUCCCAAAGAUGACAGAUUGGUAAAAAAAUUAAUACAGGGAGAAUUUCAUAUAUCCUCUUAGUCCAUCACAGUGCUCAAUUCUUGCAUCUCUUAGGAUUAAUUAACUGUGUAAAUUGGGUUAGUAGUGUUGUAUAUUUCCCAUUGUAUGCUGACAGUUUUGCAAAUUGUUGAAACUCAAGCUUGCCUUCAAAUAUUGGUACUUUUCUUAAAUGGGGUGAAAAUCAUGUGGUUUCUAAUUGUGUAGACCGUAAGAUGUAUUAUGAUUAAUGAUUUAACGGGUACAAAACAGAUAUUAUCUUGUGGCUGCAAGAUUCUUAUACCAGGUUUACUGUUUCUAUUACCAUGUCUAAAUGAAUACUAGUAACUUUACAAUUUU